UCCUUAAACAUGAGUCGGUUGAUAUGUAUGCUUUUCCUAGUGGUUGCUGCGGCAGCUUACGACUAUAACAGUAAUUCUAAGACAGUGAUUGUGAAGCAUUCAGCCCUUGGUGACGAGUACGGUAUCGGGAUCCCAUCCGUUGUAAGUUACUCGGAUUUCUCCAAUAAAUACCAUGGAUUCAAAAUCAGUAACGGUAGAUUUUCAUUUGGAGGUAUAGCAUACAAACUGAAAUGUGGACAACAAAGAUUUUACAAUGUAUGGAGUAAUUGCUGGUCAAUUUAUCAUAGCAGAAGUGUCUGUUUUGAUCGACUCAAGAAGCAAAGUCUCUUUGUAGAUUACCCCGGAGGUAACAUCAUUGACGAUGGUUAUAAGGCAGUGGUAGUGAAGAAUGCAGUCUAUGGUGACGAUGAUGAUAUUGGGUAUGGUUCUGCAGUAAGUUAUUUGGAUUAUUUCAACAAAUUCCAUGGAUUCAAGAUCAGUGAUAACAGAUUUUCAUACGGAGGAAAGGCAUACACACUGAAGUGUGGACUACAAAGAUUUUACAAUGUAUGGGGUGGCUGCUGGUCUAAUUAUCAUAGCAGAAGUGUCUGUUUUGACCGACUCAUGAAUCAAAAUCUCUUUGCAGUUUACCCCGGAGAUUACGACUAUGAUGGUGCAGUCUAUGGUGACGAUUACGAUAUCGGGGUAGGGUCCGUUGUAAGUUAUUUGGAUUACUGCAACAAAUUCCAUGGAUUCAAAAUCAGUGAUAACAGAUUUUCAUACGGUGGUACAGCUUACACAUUAAGAUGUGGACUUCAGCGAUUUUACAACUUAUGGGGUAAUUGCUGGAAUUCUUAUCAUAGCAGAAAGGUCUGUUUUGAUAGACUGAGGACGCAAAAUCUCUUUGUUGCUUACCCCGGAGGUUAUGACUACAAUGACGGUUCUGUGACAGCGGUUGUGAAAAAUGCAGUCUCUAAUGAUCUUUACUAAGAAAAAACUACGAUAAUCAAGGGUGCGGAGUACCAAGUACCUUUAAAUGACAAUAAAAGUAUCUAAAUGUUGAA